AUGAUAAAAAAGCCUACACGAAUAAACGGCUCGACCAAAACUUUGAUAGACAUUAUCGCCACUAACAACCCGGUAUCACUUAAAGCCACGGAUGUUAUUCCGCUUUCCAUUGGCGAUCACGAUAUGAUCGGCUGUGUUCGCAAGAUAAACUCGACUAAGUUUAAGCCAAGAACUAUAAUUUGUCGAGACUAUAAAAGCUACAACCAAAACGCAAUGAACAACGAGCUAAGACUCGUUGAUUGGUCCUACGUGUAUAAUAAUAGCAAUGUGAACUCAGCUUGGACUUACAUGAAGACAAUAAUAACUGGCAUAUACCUAAAAUGUGCUCCAGUUAUUUCAAAGCGAGUUAAAGGUAAACCAGCACCAUGGUUGACGGUCGAAGUCAAACAGCUUAUGAACGAGCGGGAUAGUUUACUUCGUAAAUAUCGUAGGACCAGCAAUGACGAGGACUUUCAUGCGUAUAAACUAAAGCGUAAUAAGGUGAAUACUUUGUUGCGUCAAGCGAAGUCCUCGUAUAACAAAAAUCUGUUGGAAGAAAAUUCGAAGACUCCUGAGUCAUUUUGGAAAAUAAUUAAAUCAAUUUACCCAGUUAAAUCAACAAGCAAAAAUACGAGUCUAUCAUUUGAAAUUGACGGGGAGAUGUCAGCUGAUGCAUCAAAAAUUUCAAACGAUUUUUGCUCGUAUUUUAAUAACAUUGUUGCCACUUUGAAGCAGAAAGCUUUUCCACUGCGUAAUCUAGUUUGGAGAAACCCUAAAAACAUUGGUAAAAAGACGGAGAAAGUUUUCAAGUUUCGAAAUGUUUCCAUUUUGGGAGUGGAAAGACAGCUGAGAUCGCUUAAAUCUACUAAAUCUACGGGUUGUGACAAUUUACCACCAAGAUUAUUGAAAGAAUCAGCUUCUACCAUUGCUCCACCGCUUACCCAUAUAAUAAAUUUGUCAAUGCAGUCUGGUCUGAUUCCAUCCGAAUGGAAAUCGGCAAAGAUUAUACCAAUUCACAAAUCGGGUCCGAGAUCGAGUUUUGAUAACUAUCGCCCAAUUUCAGUUCUCCCAGCAAUAUCGAAAGUAAUGGAGACCAUCAUUCACCGUCAGGUUAUGAAUUUUUUGAAUGAAAAUAAACUAUUAUCGCAAAAUCAAUUUGGCUUCAGACCAAAAAUGUCUACCGAGUUGGCGGCGGUGAAGUUUAUCGAUGAAAUUCGUAUGAGUGUUGAUAAAGGCAAUUUGGUUGGAGCUGUAUUUAUUGAUUUGACUAAGGCAUUCGACACGAUUAGCCACUCUAAGCUGCUAAGUAAGCUACCCCAGUAUGGCAUAAAUGGAACUGAACUAGAUUGGUUUAAAGAUUAUUUGUUUAGACGGGCAGCUUGCGUUUCAUACAAUAACCGUAUUUCUCAGAAAUGUUAUCUUCGGUCCGGUGUCCCACAAGGGUCAAUACUAGGCCCUUUACUGUUUUUGAUAUCAUUUAAUGACAUUGUCGAUGUAAUUGAACAAUCCAGAAUAGUGAAAUAUGCCGACGAUGUUGUUUUGUAUGUAGAGGAUAAGAAUAUGGAGUCAAUCAAAUCAAAACUGACGAACGAUUUGGCCAAUGUUACGGUCUGGUUGGAUGAAAAUGAUCUAAUUAUCAACUUAAAUGAAGGGAAAACCGAAGCAUUACUAUUUGGAACAGCUAAGUGUAUAUGCAAAUCAAACGAGUCUUUGUCUAUACCGUAUGGAAAUACAGUUAUUAAUCUCACAAAGAAAUACAAGUAUCUUGGUGUUGAAGUUGACUCCACAUUAAAUCUUAACAGUCAUUUUGAUGCUUGUUUUAAACGUGCAUCAACAAGGUUACGUCUACUAUCCAAAAUUAGAGAUAAUUUAAACGUGGACUCGGCGAGAACGAUUUAUCAGUCAAUGAUCACACCGCUUUUGACAUACUGUGGAAUUUUGAAUCUUAAAUUAACGUCAACACAACUGCAUAAAUUAGCUUCUUUUCGGGAACGAGCCACUAAAGUUAUUUUUAAGGAUUUUCGACCUGAUACAGAGCUCCCAUCGAUUAUGGAUUUAAGGAAGAAGCGUGCCUGUGAAAUAGUUAGAAUGACUUUAGAUGGCAAUAUCCCGGAGGCCUUAAUGGAUCAUUUUGUAAUUAAAGAUCAUGGACGUGAAACACGAAACCGAGGUUGUUUGAUAAACUUACCAACCAUAAAACUUGAAUAUGCAACAAGAGGAUUCUAUUUCAUGGGAGCUAAAUUAUAUAAUGAGCUGCCAUUGAAUAUUAGAUCUGCAACAAGUUCUGAAGAUUUUUAUAAACUAUUAAAACUACAUUUCAGCUAA